UUCGAAACAGCAAACUAAUGAACGCCUGACAACGUGGGUGAAGUUUAAAUCAGAAGUUCGUGAACAUAUUCAUACAUGGUGAACUUAAAAGGGCUGAGAGAUGUGUUAAUCAUCAUUAUUUGUUCCAACAUUUAUUAGUACUCGAAAAGAAAAUAUUUUGUUUCCUCAUUCUCAUCAGGCAGUUUCACGGACUACUAAGUAGGAGUGUCGUUUGAACGUUUCCAUAAUUAGCGACAGCUUUAAACGGUCGGCACAAUGUUAUGGUCGUGUCUAUGCUGGUGUCACUCUGUUAGGCUUUGCCCCAAAAAGUGACAAUAUUCGGACAACUCAGCUGGUGCAUAUUUUCAAAUCGUUGCCUCGAUGACGUUUUGUGCUGGGGUUUUGGUGUAGUUCCCCCCCGCCACAGCAAUGGUUGCUGAGGUGGAGAGCUUCUAUGGCGUGUAUAUGCUCUACUGCCUCAACCCUAAAUUUAAAGGGAGAAUAUACAUUGGCUUCACGGUGAAUCCUGAGCGCAGGAUCGUACAACACAAUGCUGGACGACACAAAGGAGGAGCAAAGAGGACUAGUGGGAGAGGACCAUGGGAGAUGGUCCUCAUCAUACAUGGUUUUCCUUCUGACAUUGCUGCCUUGAGAUUUGAGUGGGCGUGGCAGAACCCUCACUCCUCCAGGCGUCUCUCCCACAUCUCCCGUCGCACCAGGAAAGAGUCCAGUCUGCAGUUCCACUGGCGCGUUGUCUCCAACAUGCUGCGGGUGGCGCCGUGGAGCCGGCUCCCGCUGAUGUCCCGCUGGCUCAAGCCCGAGUAUAGGAUGGACUUUGAGGCCAGUCUGCAGCCUCCUCUGCACAUUCCCGUCGUCUUCGGAGGCGUGAGAGCCAAAAAGAAAGGUCUGUUGCAACCUGAAGACGAGUUGGAGACUUCCAGGUGUUUUCUUUGUAACGGACCAGUCAAGACAUCCGAGAAGCUGCGCUGCUUCCGCCCGUCUUGCGGGAUGAGCAGCCACGUGAUCUGCCUAGCCAAGCACUUCCUGAAGGCGGAACCAUCACACCUCCUGCCCGUGGUGGGGAAGUGCCCGUCCUGCUGGCGCUCCAUGCUGUGGGGCACUCUCAUCCGCCUCAAACAAGGCUGCUUAGGAGACCUGGAGGAGUUCACUUCAUCUGGAUCCCAAGUAAGAAUCACUGGGCAGAUCAACUAUGAAAGAAAUGAACUGAAAUGACUGCUGUCUCCAAUUUAUGCAGAAUGCAUUGUACAUAAAUGUCUAUCAAAUGCCAUUAUAUAUUUUUUAUACUUGU